AUGGCCUCCUACUACGGCCUAGGAAUAAGAGCAGUCGCCGACUCGCCGACCGUCGUUAAAGAGCUCGAGGCCCAAGACGACGCGACGAAGCUCACGCUCUUCGGCUGCGGGCUUAGAAGUCUGCGCGGCCUGCCUCCGCUCCGACAGCUGACGGAGCUCGUCCUCGCGGCGAACGAGCUCGGCCCAUCAUUAGACGCGUUGUUUCCGGCGCUCGCCGUUUGUGGUCUCCUGACGAAGCUGGACCUCAGUCAAAAUGCGCUCGAAACUCUCGUCACAUCACAUAAACUCCCGUCCCUGGAUGUCCUGGACUGCUCCGCCAACAAGCUACGAUCUCUGGACGGCCUGGCCACCUUCGCGCCGUCCCUCAAAACAUGCAAAACACAAGACAACCUGGAACCGCUCGAGUGGCAAAAUGAUGACGACGUGGACGCGUUGGUAGAAAGGGCCCUCCGCACGUCGGUGGAGGUCCCGCGACCUUCGGAAAGGCGGAAAAUGGCGGCGAUGGCGUCGGCCACGACGGUCCAAUUCGAGGAAGCGAGACGGCAAAGACUGCGCGCCGACGCGGUCGAGAAGGAGAACGCCAUGCUCGACGAGGCGUUGGUGGCGGCGCAUGCCAGAGUUGAGGAGCUCGAGGAGCGGCUGAAGAGUUGCCAGCAGCAGGUUUCUUCCGCGGAGCGCAAGGCUACGCGUUCCCUGAGGCGGGCCGAGGCCGAGGCGCAAGAUGUGUUACGUAAAGCGGCGGCGCGGCGCGUCGUGGGCGCGCUGCGACGAUAUGAAGACGGCGCUUCCAUGAAAUCGGUGCGCGACGUCUUUGUCUACUGGCGGCGCGGUACGCAUGCGGUUACCUCGCAGAGUAUGGAAGCCAAGCACGCCGCGGCCUGCGAUUCACUAAGAAAGGACCUCGAGGCGGCGCAUCAACGCCACGCGGCAUUGAGUGAUGAACUGACCGAGGCGCACGACGAGCGCCUCGCGGUCGAGGCGGGCCGAUUGAGCGCGGCCGAGGCCCGCACCGAGCAGUUGGAAGCGCGGCACACGACCCGUAUGGACGAGCGGGAGGCGGCUCUAGAAGCUUCACUGCAUGCGCGCGCGGCGGAUGAUGAUAGAAGGCGCGCGGCCGAGGUCAGACAAAGGAGCGACCUGGAACGGGCACUCAAUGCGGAACUAAUAAAAGAGCGACGAGAGGCCGACGACCGCUUCGCGCACGCGGCCGCGGCCGGCGCCGUCGCGUUCUCGGCUAUCGAACAGCGGGCGGCCUCGAGUGAUGCGGCCCUUAUGGAAGCGCGGAGCCGCGACGCGAGCGCGCGCCAGCAGCUCGCGGAGCUGAAACGGGCCUACGCGGCGCUCGCGGCGCGCGAGGCCGACACGGAGGCGCGCGCGACGCAAGGCGCCGCGCGCGAGGCCGCGCUCCGCGACGCGCUCGCCGAGGUGUCCGAGUUCACGCGGCUCCAGAAGGCGGCGCUGGUGGACGCGACGGCGGCCUCCCAGCGGGCCGAGGCCGCGCGGCAUGAGGCCGUGACGGCAUUACGCCGCGACCGCGCCGCGUUCCGACAGCGGCUGGACGCGGCGGAGGCGGAGGCGGCUUCGCUGAAUGCGCGGCGGCGCGACGACGAGGCCGAGCGCGCCCGCUUAGACGCCCUCGUGCACGAGUCCGUCGAAGCCGCCGAGGAGGCGCGGCGUGUUGUGUUAGAGAGGGACGAGAUGGUGCGGGAGGUGCGCGCGUCGCAGGAGGCGGCCGACGCCGCUGCGGCCGCGUCCAGUAACGAGCGGUCGCGCCUUCAUGAAUCAGUAGACGAAUUGCACGAGGAACUGGACAAAGCGCGGCGCGCCGCCGACGACGGCGGCCGCAAGCUCCGACUCUCGAGGGAAGCGGAGCGGCGGCUGCGCGGCGUCGUCGCGGAGCUCAGGGCGCACCCGCGCGACGACCACGAACUCGAAACGGUCGAGGCGCGGCUCGCCGAGCGCGAGCGCGAACUGAAGUACGCGGAGGCGGAGCUCGCGGGCCUUUCUUCCGUGUUCGAAGCCAAGGAGCGGGACCUGCGCGCGGGCCUGGAGGCGGAGCGGCGCCAGCUCGAGGCGCGGGCGCGCGAGGCGGUGGAUACGGCCGAGCAGGCCCAGGCCGACGCUAUUGAUGCGCGGAACUUAGUCGGGGAGUUGCGGGGGCGGCUGCGCGGCGCGCUCGAGAAAACUGCGCCCGCCGCGCCGGAGACGGAGCCCCCACCAGAUCCUCCGAGCGCGUGUCCGUACUAA